ACAAUCGUAACCUACAAAAAUAACAUUGACACGAGAGUGCACAGGAUGAGCACAUGUGACAACGAAAACUUAAAGUGGGUCAGUAUCCAAACGCAGAAAGAAAGCGUUAUUUCUAAUUAUUUUCUAAAAACCAAACCAAAAUUUCCGCAUCGCGCUUUCACGGUGGAAAUAAUGCACCUAGAUGUGAUUAACGGUACCUGCGAAGCAACUCGAAUUUUAAUUGAUAAAUCUUUUUUAAAAGUAGUCAACGUGUAGAACUGUGAAAUAUUUUCUAUAAUAAUUAUGUCGGCCGUACGUCUUGGACGUCUUCUAAAGUAUACAGUGAUUGGAGGUGCCACGAUUGGAACUCUUGCUAGUCUUCAUGGAAAUCAAUAUCAGCUAAAUUCAAUUGGGAUUGUAAGACUAAGUCGAGCAGCGGUAACAGUAUUUCAGAUUGGUGUUAUUUAUAAAAGAGAUUUGUAUGGAAAAGGUCUAGAGAAAAGUUCGGAUGAAUAUAAAUCACUGAAGUCAGUAUGUCAUAAAAGAAGUGCUGAAAAAUUACUACAGCUGUGUUGCACGAAUAAAGGCGUAUAUAUUAAAGUUGGGCAGCAUAUUGCUGCCUUAGAUUAUUUACUACCAUCUGAGUAUGUCCAGACAAUGAAAAUACUACAUUGUCAUGCACCAACAAACCCCAUUGAAGAUGUGUAUAAAGUUAUUAGGGAAGAUCUGAAAAAAGAGCCCUCACAAAUUUUUAAAACUAUUGAACUAGAACCCCUGGGAACUGCUUCCUUAGCUCAAGUACACAAAGCAACCCUUCACGAUGGAUCAGUAGUAGCGGUAAAAGUCCAACACCCUUAUGUACAAGGAAACGCUAAAAUUGACAUGAAAACUAUGGAAUAUCUAGUGAAAAUAAUGAGUUGGGUCUUCCCAGAAUUUAAAUUUCAGUGGCUAGUUGAUGAAACUAAAAAGAAUAUUCCUCAGGAACUGGAUUUUGAACAAGAGGGGCACAAUGCGGAAAAAAUUGCCAAAAUGUUUCAACACGUUGAGUGGCUGCAUGUGCCUAAAGUAAGGUGGGACUUGACAACUUCAAGAGUUUUAACUAUGGAUUUCAUCUUUGGUGGUCAAGUUAAUGAUUUAAAUUACAUUAAAGAGCAUGAUAUUAACCCAUUUGAGAUUUCUGACAAAUUAGGAAAGCUUUAUUCUCAAAUGAUAUUUAUUAAUGGCUUUGUACAUAGUGACCCCCAUCCAGGAAAUAUUUUUGUAAGAAAAUCUGAAAGGGGCGAUUGUGAUAUAAUACUUCUAGACCAUGGAUUAUAUGCAAAUUUAAGUGAUGAAUUUCGAGUUGAAUAUGCAAACUUCUGGUUGAGUAUUUUAAAUCGAGACCGGAAGGCAAUGAGGCAACACAGCGCCAAUUUAGGAAUUAAAGGGGACCUGUAUGGACUUUUUGCAUGUAUGGUAACAGGGCGCACAUGGGAUACUAUUUUAAAAGGAAUUGAUAAGCAAAAACCAACAAAAAGUGAAAAAGAUUUAUUCCAGCGAGAAUUUCCCAAUAUUUUGCCUCAAAUCUCUGGAGUCUUAGAUAAAGUAAAUAGACAAAUGCUGCUCAUCUUAAAAACCAAUGACUUAAUGAGAGGGAUUGAACAUACUCUGCAAACCAGUGCUAGAAUGGGUGCUUUUCGCGUUAUGUCACAGUGUUGCGUAAAAUCGGUAUACAGUCAAAGAAUUUGCCAAGAGAGUUCAAAAAUUAGGAAAUUUACAGUAACAGUGGCACAGUAUUGGGCACUCUUUAAAAUUAAGUUGUAUUAUACUAUUCUAAGUCUAAGACAGUUAUCAGUACAAAUCUUGGGUACAUAAUGACAUGACAAAAUCCUUAGAAAAAUUGAAAAGUUUAAGCAGACUCAAACAAUGUAUAGCCUCAAUCUAUAAAUAAAAUUAAAUUAUUUAUAUAA